GUGACACCGAUUCCAUUAUAUUAUUCGCUCCCAAGUGCUUAGUACAGUGCUCUCCAUACGGCAAGCGCCCAAUAAAUACGAUUGAUCGAUUAGUGGGAGCUCUAGCCUUCUGAGGGGCAGGAGUCACAAGGAGGUCAUGCGAUACAGUGCUAAGCGCUUAGUACAGUGCUCUGCACACAGUAAGCACUCAAUACGAUUGAUCCAGUCUUUGCACAAUUUGGUUGGCUUUGGAUCCGCUGGAAAAUCUGCAAGUUGCCCAUUUUGUGGCAAGAAAAUGAGCAGGAACCUGAAUCCCGAGUGAAGAAAGAGCCAGCAGCCAUUCCCAGUCUGUGGGAGUCCCUUUCCUGAUCCUCCACCGGUGAGAGCAGUGCUCUGAGCAGAAGAGUAAUUUGAGAGAACUUGCAAGGGGCCACACACCUUUACCAAGGAGAGGUUCCACCCUGCUCCAGAGAAGAUGAGACUCCUCCAGUACUGCUGAGAGAGAAGAAUGGGUCCAGAUGUCCCUCUGCUGAACGACUACAAGCAGGACUUCUUUUUGAAGCGUUUUCCGCAGACCGUUCUCGGAGGUCCCCGCCUGAAGCUAGGCUACUGGGCUCCUCCUUACGUGUACAUCAACCAAGUCGUCCUCUUCCUGCUGCCGUGGGUGUGGGGCGGAGUGGGCACCCUCGUGUACCAGCUGGACCUCCUGCAGGACUACCACACGGCUGCUCUCUCAGGCGGGCUCAUGCUGGUCACCGCGUUGGGCGUCCAGGCGGCCAGCCGGUAUGCCAGGAGGAAGUCCGUGACCGUAGAGCGGAUACGGAAUCCUGUCGCGCUGACCGAUGAAGACGAAUAUGAAUUUGCCAGUUGCGCGGGUGCGGAGACGGUCAAGUUCAUCAUCCCGGGCAAGAAGUACGCGACCAACGCGGUUCUGCACUCCGUCCUUGCCAGCGUGAUGUGUGGGCUGGGGACGUGGUAUCUGCUGCCCAACCGCAUCGCCUCGUUGUACAACAACCCCGUGGGAACCGCCAUGGUCUUUGUCUUCGGGUGGGUGACCGUAUGUAUAGGAGAAUAUUCGCUGAUUGUAAACACAGCCGCCGAGACUGCUACUUUCCAAACGCUGGACACCUAUGAAAUCACUGCCCUCAUGAGACCUCUUUACAUCUUUGCUUUUAUCGCCGUGGAUCUGGCCCACAGAUUCACUGCCCAUUCGCCAGCUCUAGAGCAGACGAAUCAGAUCCUGCACGUCCUGUUUGUGUUUCUGCCUUUCCUCUGGGCCUUGGGGGUCCUGCCUCCACCCGACGCGCUUGUCCUCUGGGGCACGGAGCAGGCUCUGGAAUUCGGCCUUGGAGGGUCGCCUAUGGCAAGCCACGCGCGGCUACUGGGGAUGUUCCUCGCUUCCGCCGGAGCCGCCGUGGCCACCUACCUCGUUCCGAGUCGGGUAGGGGCGGUCCUUCUCAUGACCGGGUUUGGGUUCCUGCUGAGCCUUAACUUCAGCCAAUUCGGUUUGGCCUUCCAGCGGAUCAGAACCCGGCAGCUCGCCGCUCCCCAGCCUUCCCCUCUACCUGGAGGUCUUAGGCUCCAGGUGGGCGGGAGGCAAUUCCUUUUCUAUUUCCUGAUUCUGCUCUUGGCCCUUCUAGAAGCUAGCCUCCUGCACCACUUUGCUGGGUUUUCGGCUUUUUCCCAAACCAGCCCCCAGGCUCUCGCUGGCUACGUUUUGAUGGGGCUCCUCGGAUUAACGUGGGUCCUUGGAGAAAUUCAGAGCGUGUACCUGUUCGGAAUUCUUCGCAACCCUUUCUUCCCGAAGGAUGUAAGAACGAUGACUGUUUUCCUGGCGGAGCAAGGGAGAUUUAGGCAUGUUGGUGUGUGCAGACGGAUUUUGCUAACUCUAGUGUCACCAUUUGCUAUGAUAGCAUUUCUUUCACUUGACAAUUCCCUCCAAGGCCUGCCCUCUGUGUCUGUGUGCGUCGGAUUCACCAGAACCUUUAGAAUGGUCUGGCAGAACACAGAGAACGCGCUGCUGGAAAUGGUCGUGUUGUCGGUAGCCCAGUUGCUGGUGUGCCGUGCAGACUGGUGGUGGAAUGCCAGCCUGGACACAGGACUCAAACUCCUACUGCUCGGCCUGGCUCGGGACCGACUCUUCCAGCUGAUCUCCAAAUUGCAGUUUGCGCUGGCCGUGCUGCUGACCUCGUGGACCGAGAAGAAGCAGCGGCGGAAAUCGACCACCACGCUGAUCGGCCUCAACGUCGUGUUCUUCCCCGUGGUGUUGCUCUUCGUCCUUCUUUCCACCCUCCUCUCUUCUCCUUUGCUGCCCCUCUUCACCCUCCCGGUGUUUCUGGUGGGGUUUCCCCGCCCCGUCCAGAGCUGGCCCGGCACGGUAGGGGCCACGGCCUGUGUCUGUUCAGAUACACCGUACUACCAGCAGAUGGUCCCCAGCCUGACGGCUGCCCUGCAAUCCGCGAUGGCGGCCGGGAGCUUGGGUCUCCAGCCUGGAUCACACUACCUGUGCCGCUUUCAGGAUCGACUUCUGUGGAUAUUGAUUCUCGAACGAGGCUACACCUACUGCUGUGUCAGCGUCAAGGGGUUAGAAUUGCAAGAGACAUCCUGUCACACGGCUGAAGCUCGCAGAGUCGAUGAAGUUUUUGAAACCGCCUUCGAGCAACAGGAGCCCGCUGCUGGAUUUUCCCUGAAUAAACACUUUGGGAAUAUCUUAACCCCCCGCACCGUCCUCCCCGUGAGGCUGUAUUCGGAUGCGAGGAGCGUCCUGUCGGGCAUAAUUGACUCUCACGAAAACUUACAAGAAUUUAAAAGUGACCUGGUCAAAGUGCUCGUGUGGCUGUUUGUGCACUUCUGCUACAAGAGAGCCAGCGUGCCCCAGAACCUCUACGAGCGGGGGGACCAAGGAGAGCCACGUCAGCCAGAUCGGCCCGAGUUGCUGCGUUCAUCCGAACGGCCCAAGACCUCAAAGGACACGGACAGCUUGAGUAUCGAGAGUCUCGACGAGUGGUCUGACGAUGACCUUUUUGACUUCGAGCCCAUCCGGAGGACCGGGGGAAAGGAAGAAGGUGGACCGUAUCGAGCGCCGCCGAGAACCUCUUGGCCCAUUCCAGGAUCCGUCGAACCCCCCGGGGUGGGCGGUGCUCCUCUGGAUGCUGCCAUUGGAACUAAGCCUCCCGGUACCGUGGCAUCGGGGUUGCCCGCUCAGGGCAGAGGGAAGCAGCAAGAAGGGGCCUGCUUCCCUCUGAUCGAGUUGACUUGCUCUCGGUCGGAGCUGUUGAGCGUCCCCGAGGAGUGGCAGUCGAAGUGUUUUCCAGCCUCCAAGGUGGACGAGAUGAAGCUGCUGUUUCCAGAAGACUGGUACCAGUUCGUUCUGUGUCAGCUGGAGUCUCCUCCGGUCGGAGGCAGCCCCCCAGCCGGAUUGGAAAACGUGGCCCAGGACCCAUUCUUGCAAGACGUGUGUAGCCACAUAGUGAUGUCCUGCUACGUCAGCCUGUUUGGCGUCGACCCGGCGGCCCCCAGUCCUAGUCUCAUCUUUCGAGCCUACAGCGGCGGGGUCCCAUGGUCCCUCGGUCUCGACUGGCUGACCGGAAAACCAGAGCUGUUCCAGUUAGCACUGAAAGCUUUCAGGUACACCUUCAAGCUCAUGUUGGAUAAAGCCAGUUUGGGUCCAGUUGAAGACUUCAGAGAGCUCGCUGGCUAUCUAGAGGAGUACGAGCGCGCCUGGUACAUUGGCCUGGUGUCAGAUAAGGAGUGGCAGCAAGCCGUCUCACAGGAGAAGCCUUUCCUGUUUGCCCUGGGGCACGACCCCAACAUGGGCGUCUACACGGGGAGAGUGCUGACGCUGCAGGAGUUGCUGGUGCCGGUGGGGAAGCUGAACGGGGAAGCGGUCAGAGGGCAGUGGGCCAACCUGUCCUGGGAGCUGCUGUACGCUACCAACGACGACGACGAGCGCUACAGCAUCCAAGCGCACCCCGUGCUCCUGAGGAACCUCACCGUCCAAGCUGCGGACCCACCCCUGGGCUAUCCCAUCUAUUCCUCCACACCGCUCCACCUGCCUCUGCUGUAGAGCCUGGGAGCGGGGGCCUCCGAUCCCUGCCAACGACCAGCUGCUUUCGGUCCGGAUUUCGGAAGCGUGACAAUCCGAAUUUUUAUUAUUCCGAUGAUGACGAUUGCAUCAUCAAGCAGAGUAGAAACUCGGUUCCAUGGUGUUGGAUUUUUAACCAGACACGAGCGCGUUGAUGACAACGGACUGCCCUAGAGUUUUGCUGGGGACCCUAAUCCCUCCAAGGAUGAAAAUCACUUUGCCUGAGAUUGGGCAAUGAAUUUUAAAAAAGAUGUUUUCUUAAGGUGUAUGACAGUGUGACUGGUUCCUUGCAUUUUUUGGCAAGCUACAACUGGCCACAUCAAAUUUUUUCUAACUCUGAUGGUGGACCCUCUUGGACGACCAAAAUGUACAUAUGAGUAUUUAUUUCAAAUAUAAUUUUGAUAGCA